AUGAAUCCUCCGUCAUGGCACAGGGCUGACGGUAGCGACGGUGACGCCAAGGUCUCGAGCUGCAUCAUGGAAAUCAUCCACGCAUUCCAAAACGGACUUAACAUCUUCAAGCGAUUACGCGAGAGGCGAAAGAAGCGUCGACCGCGUAAAGGCAGUCAAGCACCAGACCCAACAACAAGUGCAGAGUUGCAGCUUUCGAAGAGCUUGCGUAGAGGGCCGGAAGAGCUGACCGAAACAUAUGCCCAAUGCUACUACAGCGGCAUGGGUCCGCAGUUCGCCAAAGGUGAUUCGAUUGCACACGCGUCUUUGGCAGAAACAUUGAUCAAAUUGAACACUGGCCUUGUCGGAAUUAUUGCAACAUUUCUAAACCGCGAUUUGAAGAACAGUAAAAGCCGCUUGCAUCUAGACUAUGGAUCGCUCAUAGACCUCUCCGAAGCAUCGAGAAGAGAGGCACUGCACAGCAUGGCCCAAUUGUACCAAAGAUUGAGUCCAUCUCAAUUGCAACUUCAUGCACCGACUUGUUCACGUUGUGGCACGUCAAGCCACAUUGACUGUUCAAGUGACAGCAAAUUUUCUGUGAGAGAACAGAGGAAACACGCAGGCUCGCGCCAGCGCGCCGAUGGCUCUGUUGUGACACGCAUGCCAAUCAAGACUUCAAGCCAUCCACAACUCGUCGUCAUGAGGCCAAAAUCAACGAGAAAGAACAGUAGUUUGAGAAACAACUCCAGUGCCAGCAAACCACCCCCAAAUUCCACGUACGCGACGACAGCCAUGUCGUCAGUCAUUUCAAAGUUCAUCGUCAUGACGCCCAUUGAACUCCCAGCAUCAAGUGUUAUCAAAGGGACGAUGGGCGUAGCACCGCCAUCACCCAGAAGCCCGAGAAUCGAUUCCUUUGAUGAUCCGAGACCAUCGAGAUGGCCAUACAACGACAAGGGCCACGCCUCAGAGCAUAUAGACUAUCCCCGACCCCAGCUCACUAACUUUAAGUCUACUCCUAAGCACUGCACACCAUCAUCAGAGAGGGAAUCAGCCCAUCGGACCUCUCCUCCCAUUUCGUCUUCACCAGUGAAACGCCGGAUGGAUAAAGUCACGCCGUCAUCCUAUACAUUCGCAUCCGACAGCACCAAAUUAGGCGAAAUACCACAGUUCCACUGGACGAGGCCUUGGGACUACGAAGAAGCAGAGCGACUUAAUUCCGAAGCUGCUUUGAAUCCACAGCCAGCUGUGACCAUGCCGGUGGAGAAGACAGUGAAGAAGAAGGGUCUCUUCAGGAAAAUUUUGAGUAGAGGCAGUGCCGCUGGCGUCGCUGUCAAGGUAUAA